AUGAGAUGGAUAAAAAAUUCAUUAUUAUCAGUAGUAAAUAAUCAUUUAGUAGAUUAUCCUACACCUAUAAAUCAAAAUUAUUAUUUUGGUUUUGGUUCUUUAGCAGGUUUAAUGUUAGUAGUUCAAAUAUUAACUGGUAUUUUUUUAGCUAUGCAUUAUACACCACAUAUCGAUUUAGCUUUUAAUAGUGUAGAACACAUUAUGAGAGAUGUAAAUUAUGGUUGGUUAAUUAGAUAUACACAUGCAAAUGGUGCAUCUUUUUUUUUUAUUGUAGUAUAUACACAUAUGUUUAGAGGUCUUUAUUAUGGAUCUUAUAUUACACCAAGAGAGCAUUUAUGGUGUUCUGGUGUUUUAAUUUUUAUUUUAAUGAUGGCUACUGCUUUUAUGGGUUAUGUUUUACCUUGGGGACAAAUGAGUUUUUGGGGUGCUACCGUAAUUACUAAUUUAUUUUCAGCAGUACCUUUAAUAGGUAAAAAUAUUGUUGAAUGGUUAUGGGGAGGUUUUUCUGUAGAUAAUCCAACUUUAAAUAGAUUUUUUAGUUUACACUUUACUUUACCUUUUGUUAUAGUAGGUUUAGUUUUAUUACAUUUAGUAUUAUUACACGAACAUGGUUCUAAUAAUCCUUUAGGUAUUUAUAUAAAAAAUGAAAGUGUACCUUUUUAUCCAUAUUUUUAUGUAAAAGAUUUAUUUGGUUUUGUUGUUUUAAUGUUAAUUUUUUUUAUAUUUAUCUAUUAUUACCCUAAUACUUUAGGACACCCAGAUAAUUAUAUUCCUGCAAAUCCAAUGAAAACACCUUUACAUAUAGUACCAGAAUGGUAUUUUUUACCUUUUUAUGCUAUUUUAAGAUCAAUUCCUAAUAAAAUAGGUGGAGUUAUAGCUAUGUUUGGAUCAUUAAUUAUUUUAUUAACUAUUCCUUAUACUAAUUCAUCGGAAAUUAGAAGUACUAUUUUUAGACCUUUAUUUAAAGUAUUAUAUUGGUUAUUAGUUGUAGCUUUCUUAAUUUUAGGUUGGAUUGGUCAAAUGCCUGUUGAUUAUCCUUAUACUGAAGUAGGUAUUAUUGCUAUGAUAUACUAUUUUGCAUUCUUUAUGAUUAUUAUACCUUUUAUUGGUCAUUUAGAAUCUUUUUUAAUUAGAUAUAAUAAAUAA